ACUCAACUCUCAUAACAAGAAGCAAUAUAAACCUCAAAUACUCAAAAAUUGAAAACCUUUUAUUCACACAACCGUUUCUUUAACAAUUUCUUGCUGAAAAGUGCGAUAUAAACCCACAACUUGUGGAUUAUUCCGUUGUGAAAUUUUCUCAAAGGGUUUGCGAAUAUUUGUUUAAUUUCUUCAAUUGGGUUAGUGUUAUUAUUAUUAUUAUUCAAGAUUAUUCAAGAUUAAAGAUUAAUGAUGCCUGGUUCAAGUUGUUCGUCGUGGAAACCAGUCGCCGGCGCCGGUGUACCGGAAAAGUUUCCGGCCGGUCUCCGUGUUCUUGUUGUAGAUGAUGACCCCACUUGUCUUGUCAUAUUAGAAAAGAUGUUAAAAAAGUGCAACUAUGAAGUGAGGAUAUGCAAUAGGGCUGAGAUUGGUUUGUCGUUGUUGAGGGAGAAUAAAAGUGGGUUUGAUAUAGUUUUGAGUGAUGUGCAUAUGCCGGAUAUGGAUGGAUUCAAGCUUCUUGAACAUAUUGGGCUUGAAAUGGACCUCCCUGUUAUCAUGAUGUCAGCGGACGAUAGCAGCAGUGUAGUAAUGAAGGGCGUUACACAUGGUGCAUGUGAUUAUUUAAUAAAACCCGUUCGUCUCGAGGCGUUACGUAACAUAUGGCAACACGUGGUUCGAAGACGGAAAAACGAGUGGAAAGAUUUCGAGCCGUUAACAAGCACAGAUGAUGUUGACCAACAUCAGAAAGCUACGGAAGAUGCUGACUAUACGUCUUCUGCAAACGAAGGGCAUAAUUGGAAAAAUGCAAAGAGGAGGAAAGAUGACGAGGAUGAAUCUGAGGAACGAGACGAGUCUUCUUCUUCAAAAAAGCCUCGUGUUGUUUGGACUGUCGAACUUCAUCAACAGUUCGUGGCAGCAGUUAAUCAGCUCGGGAUCGAUAAAGCUGUUCCAAAGAAAAUCUUGGAGCUAAUGAACGUUGCGGGUAUAAGCAGAGAAAAUGUGGCCAGUCAUCUUCAGAAAUAUCGUCUUUAUCUUAAACGGCUCAGUGGGUCACAGCAUCUCGGCUCCAUGGAUCCCUCGUUUAUGGGUAUGCCCGAUGCAGGUUUUGAUCUUCAAGCUCUAGCUGCCGGUGGUCAACUCCCGGGUCAAAGCCUCGCGACACUCCAAGCUGCAGUUAUUGGUCGUUCAACUAACUCGAAAUCUCCUAUUUCUAUGCCGGUAAUCGAUCAAAGAAACACAUUUAGCUUCGAUAACUCGAUGUUGAGAUAUGGAGAUGCCAAACCGCCACAUUUACUUCAUGGCAUUCCGACAAAUAUGCAACCGAAGCAGUUUGUGAGCUUGCAUCAAUCCCGACACCCUUCGUUCAGCGGGGUUAAUAGUCAAGUAUUGAUGCCGAUAGCUGGUCAAGGGCAAAGUCAAAGUCAAAAUCAGCCCAUUUUGCCCAAUGGAAUGUUGGGAUAUGGUCUAGGAACAAAAGUUUCCGGAACCGGGUUUGUUCCAAGCUACAACGGUUUAAGUGAUGCAAACCAGAUCAGACCCAAUUCUGGUUUUCCAAACCCGUCGUUUAACGAUUGGUUGUCGUAUUCAUCUUGCAAGAAAACGGACCCCAUUGCAUCGUUGGCGGUAGAUGACGAAAGCGGGAGCCAGCGUCACAACUUAGUUGACAAUCAAGAUGAACUCUUGUCUGCAAUUCUUAAGCAGCCGCAAGAAAGCUUCGGACAGCUGAAAAACGAGCUUGGUUUCGAUGGGUAUGCGUUCGAUGAUCUUCCACGAGUAACUUAGGGCGGUGUCUUUAGAUUUCGGUACCUACAAGUAUUUCGUAUCGUCUAACGUUGUUUUUUUGGCGCGUGAAUUUUUGAGUGUUUUUAGAGGCAACAAAUUUGUUGGUAAAAACAUCCAAAAAUUCGAUUUUCUGGGUGGAGCUAUGUUUGAAAAUGCUAACGUUGGUUGGUUGUUUGGAAAUGUAGAGUUUUGAACGCUUA